AUGAAAUAUCGAAAUGAAACUUUAGUUAUUCGUAACCAAAGAAAAGGUGCUGGUUCAAUAUUUACCUCUCACACUAGGUUGAGAAAGGGUGCUGCAAAGUUGAGAACUUUAGACUACGCCGAACGUCAUGGAUAUAUUCGUGGUAUUGUCAAGCAAAUCAUUCACGAUCCAGGUAGAGGUGCACCGUUAGCUAAAGUGGCUUUUCGCGAUCCUUAUAAGUACAAGUUGAGAGAAGAGACUUUUAUCGCUAACGAGGGAGUUUAUACCGGCCAAUUCGUGUAUGCUGGUAAAAAAGCUUCUUUGAAUGUAGGUAAUAUUUUGCCUUUAGGGGCUUGUCCGGAAGGUACUAUAGUCUCCAACGUCGAGGAAAAAGUUGGUGACAGAGGCACGUUAGGUAGAACAUCUGGUAACUACGUUAUUAUCAUUGGUCACAAUCCUGAUGAAGGGAAGACUAGAGUCAAAUUGCCUUCGGGUGCUAAAAAAAUUCUUUCAUCUGAUGCCAGAGGUGUUAUUGGUGUAGUUGCUGGCGGUGGAAGAAUUGAUAAACCAUUGUUGAAAGCAGGAAGAGCAUUCCACAAGUACAAAGUCAAGAGAAACUCAUGGCCAAAGACCAGAGGUGUUGCUAUGAAUCCAGUCGAUCAUCCUCAUGGUGGUGGUAACCACCAGCACAUCGGUAAAGCAUCGACUAUCAAGAGAGGUGCCGUUCCUGGUCAAAAAGCAGGUUUGAUUGCUGCCAGAAGAACCGGGUUGUUACGUGGUACCCAGAAGACUCAAGAUUAA